ACAGAUCAUGUAUAUCCUUUCUAUUAACCCCACACGGUUACACGUUACGCACCAGAAAAAAAAAAGCCAACAAACAAUUUGAUAUACAGCAACUAAUACAGAUUACUUUGCAAGAAAAAAUGGAUCUCAUGAGCUCAAAGUCACUAGCGCUGUUCAUAGUGUGUACCAUCCUAUUCCUGUUCUUCACUUGUGCUUCAUCUCACAGUAUCCCAGCAGACCCAUUGAAUCCGACUUCGAGCCCAAAACAAAAGUGUCCAAAAGAUACCCUUAAAUUUGGGGUAUGUGGUAGCUGGCUUGGUUUGGUUACUGAAGUAAUUGGAACUAAGCCUAGUCCAGAGUGCUGUACUCUAAUAAAGGGCAUUGCUGAUCUUGAAGCUGCUGUUUGUUUAUGUACUGCACUAAAAUCCAAUGUUUUAGGUGUCGUCAAGGUGAAGUUGCCAGUUGCUCUAAGUCUGCUCCUCAAUGGCUGUGGAAACAAGGUUCCUUCAGGUUUCAAAUGUUAAAUUUUAGGACACUAUCAAGUUUAUCUUUUUAAGUCUUUCGGAUUUUGUUUCCAUCAAAUAUUUUCUGAAUAUUAGUUAUAUAAUGUUUAAGACCUUCAAAGUUGUUUUAAGAACUACUAUUAUGUCAUAGUUAGGUUUGUUUUCUUGCUUAGUUUAUUCUGUGCCUACAAAUUCAUAACUGCAAACACUUCUUGUACUGUGUUACUGAAAUCUGUACUUAUUAAAUUA